AUGUCACUCUCCGAGUCUAAAUUGGACGAUCUACGCGCACUGGCUAUGGCAUUUCGUGGUGCGACCUUGUCAAUCCUUAAAGACGAUGAGAGUAGAGGUUUCGCUUCUACUGAACAAGUCUUGUCAGCCGAUGACAUGAACGCCCACAAAGCUGUCCUGCUUCAAAUUGAGACGGGCUUCCUGCCGCAAGUGCGACAGCAAUUGGCCGAUUUGCUGAUAUCACUGAACAUUGACGCCGGCGAGCCUGACUCCAGGGGCUGCUCGCAGAUCCUAAAUAACCUUGUGAACAACAUCAUUCUGCUUAGCAUGGCCAUCCAAUCCCUCGCACCGUUGGAUCCAUUGUAUCAGGCUAGCCGCAUAGAUUGUAGUUACGGCGUUUUGAAGAAAUUCAGAAUCGCUUACCUAGGGAGACAGCACCAACGCUUCAAAUCUGACGAGCUCAUCAUGUUGCUUCGCGCUUAUGAAAAGUGUUGCCUCGAGGAAUGUUUGCCUCGGCCUCACCACAAAGAUGAAAUAGUGGACAAGACUGAGGAAUGCUUUCAUAUCAUCGACGGCAUGAUGAGAUACUCUAAACGAUCGGACCACGACAUCAUUCAAGAAGGUUGGCAGCUCAAUUUAAAACGCUUCGACUACUUUCUGCAAGAACAGGCCGAGCGUAUCAAUCAAAAGGAUAGGCCUAUACAACCACAACUACUCAGUCUUCGCCAAGCGACCAUUCCUAUCAUAAAGUUAGUCAGGAUAUUCUACAGGAGAAUAACGAGCACUCCAGCAAGCAAACCACGCAUCACAUUUGGUGCUCAAAUGAGCUCCUGGCAAAUUUUAUCGUUACACUCUCAAGUGAACCGGCUUUAUAAAUCUCUUGUGUAUGUGAAUUCCUUGAUAGAAGAAUUGGAGGAGCACGGACAAACAGUAGACGGCGUCGGAAAACUUAGGAGGUGGAUCAAUACACCUGCUGAGUAUUUAUUUUCCUCUUCAGCUUUCAUAGCCAGUUACUACGAGCCUUCAGCGUCCGGGCUUGAUAGCCAUCCACCCGAAAAUCUAUUCAAAACUUUAUUUUCAGAUUUACUUACACAGUUUAGUGAGGCUAGCGAACAGCUCCAAACACUAGCAAGCAAACUAGAGCCCUCGACUUAUACCACGCAAUUCGGCACCUUUCUACUCCCUUAG